CCUUUUCUAUGCUUCAAAUCAACUGAUAUGUUUAUAAUAAUAAUAACUGGAAUUUUCUCCGGAAAAGGAAAUUUUUCUGUUGAUAAUGCUGUUAUUUUGAAUAUCGUUAAUUGUAGAUAACGAAUGAGGUGGUCUGUUUUUAACCUAUGUAUUUGUUUUUGCGAAGGCAGUUUUAAGUUAACCUAUUUUUGUCGUCGUCAUAUCUGCGUUGAAUACUGUUUAAAAUUUUAUAUAUGAUAAAUAAAAAUAUGGAACCGACCUCUAGAAAUGAAGAGGAAUAUAUUCAGAAAGAAAAUGUAGAUAUAGAAAAUCCCACUUACUAUGGAGUAUACAUUCCUAGCGACUUGCAAACAACUAAUCCUAAUUCUGAUCCAAAUGUUUUUAAUGAUAAAAGUAUGGUACUCCAAGUUUUGAAGCAGCAUAAAAAGGCUAGAUUCAAGGCUUUCAGCCUUUUUCAUGAAGCAGCUGAUUUUUCUCUCAAUGGAGUUGACAAUUCUAAUAUUUCAAUAGUUGAUUCUUCAAUAGAUAAAAAGUUUCCAAUAGAAUCAGCGCAGUUGAUAGGUGAAAAACAGAGUCCUUUCAAAGGUCCAAAACCGCAAGAUUUAAUUAUACUAAGAAAGGCUAUUGAAAAAGGAGACUAUGAUAGAGUUUAUUAUAUUAUAUGGAAAAAUCCUAGAUAUCUUAUUAGUAAUGGAGAUACACCUUCUAUUUUGCAGGAGGGUUCUAGAUACAAUGCUCUUCAUAUUGCAGCUAAAGCCAAAAGCAGUAAAAUAGCCGAACUCUUAUUGAGUACCGUUUCAAAUGUUGAGUUUGUGAAAUUAUUGUAUGGAGAUGACAAUGAAAACAACGCAAAAGACAGGGCCAAAGUAUUUGCAGAUUUAUAUUUAAACACUCCUGAUAAAGCCCUAAAUGAAACACCCCUGCAUUUUGCUGUUAAAUUUGGAGCAGUUGAUGUUGUCGAGGUGUUGGUUUCAUACCCUCAAUGUGAUAAGACUGUGAAAAAUAAAUAUGGUCAAACACCCGCAAAGAUCAUCUGUGAUAGAGUGGAUACUCCAAAUAAAAAGCUCAGAGAAAAAAUUGAACAUCUUCUUGAAGAAACCUAUUAUGUCCCAGUGUUGAGAGCUGAAGAUAACAGUUUACCACCUAAAAUAGGAGAUCCAUUUUCACCAGUAAAUCCACCAGUAUUUGACACACAUCCCUCCAGUCCUAGGCUGGAAAUUCAAGCGUAUGCAGGACCAAUGAAUAAAGAAGGUGCGGAGCGCUUCCGAAAAGUGUGGAAAACUCCUCCAAGAUCCCUGAAAUUCAACACCCCCACAAAAAAUUUGAACAGUUCCAUAGAUAGUGUAGCCUCGUUGAAAUAUAAAGAUCCUAUGAAGGGUCUUGAAAUUCUUGGAAAAACAUUGGCUACGCAAUAUGACAUCUCAUGGAAAGAAUACUGGCCUUUCUUAGAUAGUUUUAUUGACAUAGCCUCAGAAGAAGGCCUAGAUUUGUUCGAAAACUACUUGAAAGAACGGGUCUUGGACGUAUCAACUUCUAUGGUUUCAAUGAAUUUAGAGAAUACUACACGUGAAAAGACUUCCCUCAAUGUGAGCUCUAUUACUGAGUUAUGUAAUGCAUUUCAAGCGAUUCAGCUGAAUUCUAGCAGUAGUAGUAGCAGUGAUAGUUUUCAAGAUGAAUUAGAUUCGAAAAUUUCGAAAAAUUUCAGUCCUUUCUUAGGAUUAGAAAGGGCGUGUCAGGUUUUUGCUACUAGAUUUUCCAAAAACAUUUUAAAUAAUGGAGAAAAGAAUCUCAUCAAUAUUCUAGAUGCAGAAAUAAAACAGCUAGAAAUAGUUAUCCUUAGUUAUAUGAAUGACAAUAGAUUUUCAGAAAUAGAUUUCAGUAACGUUCAUUGUCGAUUGUCUUAUUUGAUCGCUCAAAAAUUAAAUUCGGAAUUGAGCAUAUUUGAAAAAAUUGAAUCGUUGAUUGAAGUUUGUUCGCAAUCAUUCGACUGCUUUUCUUCGGACGAUGAAAGUGCCAACUUCAAAGAUUCAGCGCAGGUUAAGAAUGGCACCUCUAUCAGAGAACAAUUUUUGUGCCUUGCGCAUUCCAUUCUUAAUCAUUUAAAUCAAAAUUUGGAACCGUAUUGUGAUAAUGUAACAGAACAAGACUGUGUUGAAAUUUGGGGUAACUUGACUUCGUGCCCAUGCGUUCUAUAUCCAAGGAAAUCAAGAAGGAAUUCCAAUUUACAGAGGAGCAAUUCUAGGAAAUAUAAUUCAGGGUUUUCAUCGGACACCGUUAGAGCACUCUUCAAAACAACAGAGGAAGAGAUGGAUUAUCCAGACCAAGAACUUCUGAACGAAUCAUUUUUCACACCAGAUACGAGUCCCAAUCAUUCUGAUGAUGAAGACGAAGAUUUCGAUGACGCAAGUAGUGGAAAUGAUUACGACGUGUAUAUUGAUGGAAAAUCACCUUCUACAACCGAUGGUGCUGUUUUCAACGCAUUGAUGUAUUCCGGCUGUGUUAUAGAAAGAGAAAAAUAUCCAAAUAUAUAUUUAUGGAAACAUAACGUAUCCCAGUUCAGUGAAGAGCAAAGAAAAAGUUGGCGAAAUAAGAGGAACAUUGAUUGCUUCUCUUCUUCCCCACCAAGCACAACUUCAACCCCCGUGAAAUCAGUGUCAACAAGUACUCCAACAAAAUCCUGGUUGAGAAUAACGGGCCAAAACUCUCCUCGAAGUUUCAAGCAGUCUUCACUCUUGAAUGGUUAUUGAUUAAGUGUUAAAAUUCGUUUUUAAUAUGAACUGUGAGCAUGUUCGUGCCUAUCCCUGCCUAUCAUAUGCUGUUGAUAAUUUUCUGUAUAUGAACAUUUUUAAGACUUAGGCUUAACAUUUCUGAAGUUUUUACCGAGAAAUUAAAUAUGUAUAAAUCUUUGUAUUUUUAUUUAUAAAACUGUUUAUGUGGAGAAAAAUAAAUUAAGUAUUUUCUGAGAAAA